AUGUCAAAAAGAGACCAUAAUCCUAACAAUUACCGAAAUUUUGACAGAAAUAGCCGUGGUAGCCGUGGUAGUCGUGGUAAUAAUAGGGGUGGCAGACAUAACUAUCAACAACGUUUUAGCGCGCCCAUUUCACCGCGAGAUGAUUCGUUCCUUUUACAAAAAGUUAUUCCAAUGUUAGACAUCAUUGUUCAGAGAAAUUCAAUAGCAGAUAAUCAUACGAGUCAAAAUAAAUUAUUGGAAGAUGACGCUAUCUCUUUUAUUCCAAUUUCAAUUGGCCAAUUCUUUUUGACUUUAGUAAGAUUUAUUAAUGAAUUAUUAACCCGUGUUAAAGAAGCAUCAAUAAAUGAGUCAAUGUAUAAAGUGAUAGAAAGAUUGGAAAAUCUCAAAACAUCAUGGAAAAAUUCUUUCAAUGAUAGAGUUACAAACGAACAAAAUGACCCAUUAAACUCAAAUGAAGAAGGACGUGAAUACUUCUUUGAGAUCCUAGAUCAAGAAUUCAAUAACAUAAAAAAACAUUUAAAAAUUCAAGGGGGGAAAACAAUAAGAUUUAUUAAUGAAUUAUUAACCCGUGUUAAAGAAGCAUCAAUAAAUGAGUCAAUGUAUAAAGUGAUAGAAAGAUUGGAAAAUCUCAAAACAUCAUGGAAAAAUUCUUUCAAUGAUAGAGUUACAAACGAACAAAAUGACCCAUUAAACUCAAAUGAAGAAGGACGUGAAUACUUCUUUGAGAUCCUAGAUCAAGAAUUCAAUAACAUAAAAAAACAUUUAAAAAUUCAAGGGGGGAAAACAAGUAACUUACAAAAAACUUCAUCAGAAUCAAAAUCUUCAUCACAAUUAUAUAAAGGAUGUGGAGAGUUUGCAGCUUUAAAAAGAGAUUAUGAUCCACCAGGUAUCUCUUCUUGA